AUGUCUGGUCUGCAGAGUCUGAUCACGAAGUCGCACCCCAUACAUAUCCGCAACGACGAUUCGAAGAAGCGGAAGAAGGCCUUGCCACCUCCUCCUUUGGAGUUCAAGCCUAAGGCGAAGGAUAAGACCAAGGAGGCAGCUAAUGACAAGGGCAAGGAGGGUGCAAAGCAGAAGGAUGCAGCCGCAGAGAAGGGGAAAGCCAAAGCAGCUGCAGCUGCACCAGCAAAGCAGCGACAGGUGCUCAAUGUGCCAAUCCACCAACCACAGCUGCAGCCGCCCCCGCCACCGCCGCCAAAGCCGCAGCCAAGCUUGCCCGCAGCAUCCUCCUGGGCCUCUGCAGCGCGGCAACCGGUGCCGGCAGCGGCUGCAGCAAAGCCCAAGGCGGCAGCCGCCAACGGCCCUGUCCGCGCUGUGUCCAUCUGGAGCUCGGACCAUCCAGACUCCCAGCCUCCCCCGCCACCGCCCAAGAAGGUGACAAUGCUGGUGGGAGGCGAGCUGGCAGAGCCGGAGGGCCCGCCAAAGAUUGGCAAGGCACAGAAGAAGAACCUGAAGCGGCUGGAGAAGAAGGCGCUGCAGAGGGCGGCCACAGACACCAGCGUUGCCUCCUCCGACAUCGUGUCAGACUUCUACCCAGAGACAAUUUCCGAGGCGGACAACGAGGUAGACACGCCGUCGGAGACGCGCGCUGGCGAGGGCAUGAGUCACCACCUGCAGAGCAAUGACUCGCGCGAGGAGGACUCCGGCGAGGGCUGCAGCGGCUCUGACGGCUUUGAGCCGCAGGCGAGCGAUCACCAGCGCUGCAUACAGGCACUGAUGGCGACCAAGGCGCGGUGGCUGCUGGGGCAGCUGCAGCUGCUGGGCUUCCCAGACUGGCAGUGCGCUGUGGCGGUGCUGCGCCACGGCAGCAACCUGCACGACGGCGUUGCCUUCCUGCUGGAGGACCACGUCACCAGCGAAGAGCAGAGCCGCGCCUACAUGGCCUGCGCCGUGGACUCCCCAGACAUCGACAUCUCCGAGGAGCUCCACAUGCUGGCAGAGGCGCAGAGCUGCCUGGGGCUGCCAAUGUCUGUCAUGGAGAGGGCUGUGGCGGACACAGAUGGCGACAUCCAAGCAGCGGUGGAUGCCCUGAUGGGACAGCCUGAUGUGUCCAAGGCAGCCGGCCUGCACUUGAGCCACAGCGAAGGGCCCUCGCACCCACAGAGCCACUCCUCUGAGGCAGCUUCCCAAUCAGAUACCAAGCAGCGGCGCUCCUCAGCAGACACCACGAAGUACAGCAGCAUUCCUUUCCAUUCCAGCCAACCCACACCUGCCGAGCACAGCACCGGAUCCCCCAGUGCAUGGGGAGGCCACCCCAGCCAAGCACCGCCCCACCUGCCGAAUGGAAACCACGCAGGGCCAUAUCCCUGGAGCGCCCAGCAGCAGCAGCAGCAGCAGCAGCAGAGGGAGGUCACAGGGCCUCCCCUCAGCUAUGCAUCGUGGCACAAGCAGGCGGCCGACCCGUCGCCGUUCGCAGCCGCCGCGCUGCAGCCGCCGCCGCCGCCGCCGAAGCAUGCGCCUCUGUCGCCGCCGCUGCCGCGGACGGUGGAACUGCCGGCCACUCUGGAGCCUCACCUGCAGCUGGACCUGGGGGCGUUUGUGCCUGCUGGCAGCGCCGGCCUGCUGUCGACCAAGCUGGGGCAGCUCUAUAUGGACCCCAGCUCCGCAGGCUUCAUGCAAGCCAGCCAACAGCAACAGCAGCUGCCGCAGCAUCCUGAGCAUGGGGACCUGCCUCUGGGAAGCCGCCUCUCCAGCUACACGUCAGCUGCCAGCCGCUCUGCCACGCCCAAAGCAGCCGCUGCAGACUGCUCCUCCUGGAAUGGCUCCAUGGACAGCAGCGCCAGCUAUGCGGCUACUCAGGCUCUGGCCGCGCAGGGGCUGGGCCAGGCGAUGCCGAGCCUGUCGAGUUUCAGCAUGUUCAGCGGCGCGUCGGGCCCGCCGGCCGCGCGCGGGGCCGACAUGUGGGGCUCCUCUGGAGGUUCCUCCCAGAUGGCCAACCUGGAGCGCUACAACCAGCUGCUGCAGCAGUCGCCCGGCCCAGGCAGCGGCCGCUCCUCCCUCGACUCCUCCCAGGCACCCUUCCCAGGCAUCGUGGCAGCUGCGCAGCGGCAAGCCUACCUGCCAUCUCUGUCCCCCGGGACCACAGUGAGCCAGGCCAGCGCCUACGCAGGCUCUCACCCGGUCCAGCCGCAGGCGGCCGCCUGGGGCAUGCUGCCCAUGCACAGCAGCGCGCAGCUGGGGUCUGAUGCUCCGGAGGCGGCGCUGCUUGCUGCGGCGGCUGUGGCGGCCGACGUGGAGCCUCGGCGCGGCGACGGCGGUGGCCGCGACACCUCAGAUGCUGACCUGGAACUGGACUCCCUCAUGGCCACCCUCAUGUGCACCUGA